GCUCAUCUUUUUUUGCACAUUACUGAUUGCAUCUCUGAUCAAUGUCUUUGCGCCACCUCUCUUCCCUACAGCCACCUUCUUCACUUUUCCCUUGGUUGCAAGUCCAUCGUCCAUCUCCUCAUCAGGUGUUGUCUGGUGGUUGUCUGUUCCUUCUGCCUUUUUGGUUGCCUUUCGAGCCCUUGGCUUGGGUCGAAUGGGGGUCGCCUUUUUGGUGUUCAACCCCCUUUUUGAGCACAGCUUCCUUGGCUCCCUUGGCUUCCUUGGCUUCCUUGAGGGCAAGGUCAUCGGCAGCCUUUUGUGCCUUAGAACGCCUCUUGACCUGUGCAUCGAGCACUACCUUGCCAGGUCAGGUGGUGGCAUUCGAUGGGCGGGUGCGACGGGUUGCAUCUAUGGUAGACAUGAUUAGGCAGAUGGACGAGUGACACGAGGGAUGAUACUUUUGGUGCAGGACCAAGAGAUAGCUAAUGGUGGUGGUUUGGAGUUGAAAAAAACUUCAGUAUCUGUAGUUCAAACUAUUAUUACACAUUUUUGGUGGUCGCAUUAGCUCUCUUCCAUCUUACAGUACGAUGUCCCACAGGGAUCACAGUGCCCUUCAAAUUCCAUGCGGUUACUUAAAUUGUGCACGCUACUUCAAGACUCAGGCAGGGCACAAAAAGCACUGGAACAGUUCACACCCAACAUUCACCGGCAGGGUGUCGCAUACCGCUACAGUCGAAGAUGAGCCUGACGAACUACUGGACAACGACUUCCCCAGGGACCAUAACAAGUUCCCUGCAG